UCCUCUUCUGUCCUGAGCUGUCCCUCUCACUGAGGGGAACACCGGUUGCCCAGAGCAGUCACACCCGAGACCGAGAUGUCUAAACAUUGCUUUCUAGGCUUCCUCGUCAGUUUCUUCCUGACUGUUGUAGCAGGAGCUCAGCCAACCCAUGCAUCUCUGAAGCCGCAGAGGGUACAAUUUCAGUCCCGAAAUUUUCACAACAUUUUGCACUGGCAGCCUGGGAGGGCACUGAUAGGCAACAGCAGUGUCUACUUUGUACAGUACAAAAUGUAUGGAGAGAGACAAUGGAAAAGUAAAAAAGACUGCUGGGGUAUUCAAGAGCUCUUUUGUGACCUUACUGAUGAAACCUCAGACAUACAGGAACCUUAUUACGGGAGGGUGAGGACGGCCUCAGGCGGGAGCCACUCAGGCUGGAGCAUGACACAGCGCUUCACUCCCUGGUGGGAAACAAAAAUAGAUCCCCCAGUCAUGAAUAUAACCCAAGUGAAUGGAUCUUUGUUGGUGACUCUCCGUGCUCCAGAUUUGCCAUAUAGAGACCAAAAGGGGACAAAUAUAUCUAUGGAAAAUUACUAUGAAUUAGUAUACCGUGUUUUUAUAAUUAACAAUUCACUAGAAAAGGAGCAAAAGGUGUAUGAAGGGGCUCACAGAAUUGUCGAAAUCAAAGCUCUAGCACCUCACUCUGGUUACUGUGCAGUGGCAGAAAUGUAUCAACCCACGUUAGACAGAAGUAGUCGGAGAAGUGAAGAGAGCUGUGUGGAAAUUCCAUGACGCGGUGUGGGGUGCUCAGAGACACGGCCAUCGAAAGCUCCCUGAGCAUGCACGGCUCAUGUUUGAAGGAUCUUACUUAGAACUGUUUUCAUAUUUUCUUAAAGCAGUGUUCACCGUUUUGCUUCAGGGACUUCUUUGUUUAUCCGUUCUUUAUUUCAUUUGUAAACUAUACUUGAACAAUACCCCCGCCCAAAAAAUGAGAAUUAAAAGAAGAAGCAGAGGAUAUAGGACUCUAUGAAAUACGGAACUUUAUUUCUGCA